GUGCCUAUUUGCCGGGUUGGGAGCGCUGGUUCACUUAUCGGCCUGUGAUAGUGUGUGUCUUGUUCUUUACGAGCGGUGAAGUUUGUACGGUCAGUGAGACGACGUCGUCGUUUCGAAGACAGCUUGCGGGGGGGUUUUUUUUGCAACGUAAGGGAUAUGGGAACGUUUAAAAACCCAACCGCAGCAGGCUUUGUAGCAUCAAACUUUGCACCAUUGUAUUUUCCAACAUCUCGCACCGGAUGGUGUACCAUGACAAUGAAUUUGCCAACUGCUGAAUACAUUAUGGCGUUCAAAUCGGUAUUCUAGUCACAGUGCGGUGUGAAGAAUUUUAUUUUUACAAAGGUUCCGUCUUAUUGAAAACAAAACUUAUUGCAUAUACGCGCCAGCGCCGCCAAUCAGGCGCGUCUUGAGACUAAGCAGAAAAAAAAAACAAAGUAAAUAAAACACAUAAGAAAUACAAAAGAUGUUAAAUAAACAAAUCAAACCGAGUGGUUUAACAUGGCUGGUGAAACCCGCGGGUGACAAGCGGUGCGUGAAAUUUCAAAAAUAACCAUUUAAAGUAUGAUUGGCUACGAUGAGAUUGCCCGUUCCUCCGUUGGUGAAAAUGUGUGUUUGUGCUUUUCGUAUACUAAUGCAUUUUUUUGUGCUUUCUUUUAUUGUGUACGAUCAUAGUAGUGUGUGUGUUUUGUUUCGUGGUGUGUUGUGCAAAGUUGUUUAGAAUUGUUCUGAAGAAAUUUUCCAGGGAAAAGUAAGCUUUGGUUAAAUAAUAGUACGUCAGCAGUCCAACGCUCUUCGGUAAAGGAUUAAUGUGCAUUGUUCGUAUGCCAGCCAACAAUUCAUAAAGCAACCUAGCGCGACUAUCGAUUAGUCCCUGCAGUGGGAAGGAUUAUAAGUUCCAGACAAAAUAAGAUAGAGUUCAAUAAGAGGGCAACGAAAAAUUGAUUGAUGAACGGCUUAUAGCUGAAGCUGCAACAUUACACUCGGAUGAUAAAGGAGAUUUGAAAGAAAGAUGAAAUAAACGAAGAGCGCAAAGUUCUUUCGCGAGAAAGUUAAUAAAAUCGUUAGCAUCUCAGCGCAUCUUCUGAGAGCGCUUUCUUAUCACGACGUCAUCCACAAAAAUGGACACAAUGACAUUUGACGACGAGCCACCACCUGAACCGCGGGAAGGCUGGUUGCUGGUACGUGUAUUCGUGCCAGAGCUGAACGUCCACAAGAGCCUUCAGUUUCCGUCGGAUAAGAUCGUAUGGGACGUGAAGCAGCAAUGUCUAGCUUCGUUACCGAAGGUCGCCUUUUGGUUUUGGGAACUAAAAGAGAGCUUCAACUAUGGAUUAUUCUCUCCGCCAUCAAACGGUAAAGCCGGCAAAUUCCUUGAUGAAGAACGAAGGCUAGGAGACUACCCAUUUCAUGGACCGGUUGGCUACUUGGAGCUGAAAUACAAACGUCGCGUCUACAAGAUGCUCAAUCUAGACGAACGUCAACUGAAAGCUUUGCACACUCGUGCGAAUUUGCGACGUUUCAUCGAGUGCAUCAAUAGUGGCCAGGUGGAAAAAAUCGCCAAGAUGUGUGCCAAAGGAUUGGAUCCUAACUUCCACUGUCAAGAAACGGGUGAAACGCCACUUACCAUUGCUACUGGCUCGAAAAAACCGAACAAGCUGUUAAUCGCACUUGUAAACGGCGGAGCUCUUCUCGAUUAUCGAACCCGUGACGGAGCCACCGCACUUCAUCGAGCUGUUGAACGUGAUAGCCUAGAAGCAGUCAGCACACUUCUGGAAUUAGGCGCAUCACCAAACUAUCGUGAUACGAAAGGUCUAACUCCUGUAUACUUGUCUGUAACACGGAAAACGGACCCCAAAAUCAGUGAAGUACUCUUACACGACCAUGCCACACUCGGCAUUCAGGAUAGCCAAGGUUGGCAGGAAGUGCAUCAGGCUUGUCGGAACGGGUUAGUUCAUCAUUUAGAGCAUUUAUUGUUCUACGGUGCGGAUAUGGAUGGUCAAAACGCUUCCGGCAAUACGCCGCUGCAUGUUUGCGCUGUUAACAAUCAGGAGGCUUGCGCUAGAAUGCUACUAUUUCGUGGUGCCAACAGAGGCGCAUUAAACUAUGCCAACCAGACACCGUACCAGGUCGCUGUUAUUGCCGGUAAUCUCGAACUUGCUGAGAUGAUCCAAAAUUAUAAAAACGAGGAUAUUGUCCCAUUCCGUGGACCACCACGGUACAAUCCUAGACGUCGAUCAGGGUUAGGCUGGGGAUCGACUCUAUCUCGCAUAUAUGGCGGACCACCGUCCCCCUGUCCGUCCGAGCAUCCAUUCAGUUCCGCUAGUUCCAGCCUGUCUGAAGGUUCCAGCCACCGAAGCCAUGAAGAUGACAUCAGUAUAGUAACAGAUAAAAGCCUUGGUGACACAAGUGAUAUAAUCAGUGACUCGUCCGGCGUUGGAACGAAUUCGGACAGCGCUGCUUGUUCGAUUGGACAUCCAAGUACAACUGUUGUUUGCAUGGAAGGUUACGAUACGGGACUUUCAGGGCACAUUCAUAUACAACCCGGCGAUGUAAUAGAGGUGGUUGGUUCAACGGAUUGUGGUUUACUGGAAGGUUUCGUACGUGGUACGAAUAAGACGGGUUUCUUUCCGGCCAGUUGUGUACAAGAGGUGCAGUUCCGUCAAAAGAGUAUUAUAAACGUUUCCACCUCAACACCUCACCAUCACUAUCUGAUAAACACGAGCAGCAACGAAAUAGUCAGUCAUGAUCUACAACAACAGUUGCAGCAGCAACAACAGCUGCAACUGCAACAACAGCCAUCUUCCCUAGAUCAACAACAGAUUCCCCAACAACAACAACAACAAUACAGCAGCCAAACAGCUCCCAGGGUGAAGAAAUCCAUCAUUGGAGAACCACGGACGGUAGUGCUACAUCGUGCCAAACGAGGAUUCGGGUUUAUUCUCCGUGGAGCAAAAGCUUCCUCUCCUCUAAUGCAGCUUAAACCAUCGCCACGAUGUCCUGCAUUGCAAUAUUUAGAUGAUGUAGAUCCAGGUGGUGUGGCGGAUAUGGCUGGAUUAAAACCGGGAGACUUUUUGCUAGCCAUAAACAGUGAAGAUGUUACCUGCGCAUCGCAUGAACAUGUGGUUGAUUUGAUUCGCAAUUCAGGUUCGCUGGUAUCAAUGACGGUUGUAACUCUGUCGCAAAAUUUCAUCAAUUCUAUGAUGCUUGAAGCAUCCGAGAUUGGAAGUCAACAUUCCUCGGGAUCAGGAAUGAGUACACCAAUAUCAUCUCGACAGUGUUCCACGUUGCCCCGGCGCAUGAAUGGUGGUCCACCGGGGAGCAACUGCAAACAACCUGCACCGAUGCCUCCACGCCGUGAUCCAAAGACUACACUAAGUGUUGGACGUGCACGAGCAAAGUCAAUGGUUGCCGGGCUGGAGGGUGGUGGCGAAAAAAGCGUAGAUGACGAAGAUCUUUUGAAUGCUACUAAAUCUACUUCUGCAGAAUCGAUACACCAGGCACAGACUCAACUAUUGCAGGCGCAACAGUGUCAUUCGGCGAUCGGAACCCCCACACAAACAGGACCCGGCACGCCCAUCCAACCGCGUACAGCUAGCAUCAAAUCACGACCAACGUCUAGUCGAAUAACUGCUGCCGAAUUAGAGGAAUUAUUCCAGCGUCAACAAGGGGCUGAUGCAAACCGCUGCUCCAUGCUUAUGUCGAGCUCUAGGUUCCAAUCGACCGGAUUUGAUAGUGGUGCUGGUACACCACCUAUUUCACCUCAGAAGGGACCGAUCGUAUAUGCGAGCGUUGCCGAAAUGAAGCGCAAAAAGUCAUCAAAAGUAGGAAUGGGUACGCUAAAGGGGCGACCGAUACCGAUACCACAAGUCGGGUCCGAUCUGAAGCGAACAUUUCACAGUACGCCGGAUCUAGCUUCAAUGUCAUCGUCCAACCAGAAUGGUGGAACUUCGUCAUCUUUGCUAUAUGGAAGCAGCUCUGGAACAGGAUCACAGUUAGCAAUCAAUGCUAACGGAUGGUAUAACACCGUUGGUCACAAGGGACACCGAUCUCAGGACGAUAUGUAUAGUCUACACAUGUCCCUGCAAAGACUGAAUCUUCCCCCGCCAAAUCAUCCGCCGCCACCCCCACCAGUUGGACAGGUUGUAAAGGUGGAUGUUUCGCGAGGCUCAGAGUACGAGUGUCUUACCGCCUUACGGAAACACAUAGCACAGAAAGCCAAAGUUCAAUCUCAAGUACAGGAUUCAGAAAUUAUGUCUAGCUUCAAACCCGCCUCGAAUGCAAAACUAUAUGCGUCCCCGCAGGACAUUCGCAACGUUGGUUACCGUACAGUAAACGUGACGGGAGCUAUUCCUUCGCCAUCGCUCACAGCUUCGACGUCGGCUGCAGCUGCCGGCAACAACAUUGCCUCUACUUGUAGUAACAAUGGAAGCAACAUUAACUCCAACGUUGAGCUCUGCAAAACAGCUUCGCUUAGGUCAAACACCAGUUCGACGAUCAGCAUAAAUUCUAGCAAUGUGACUGGUAGCGUUAAUAACGUCACAACAGUGACUAUAACUGGCAGUGGAGGUGGAAACGCAAUAGCUAGUAGUGUAUCAUCAAAUCAGUACGCUCAACCCGGUCGUCCAGGUGCUGAAACUCAGCAGCAAGUGGCACAACCUCAAGCACUUUACAAAUCCCCACCUAAUAAUGCACCGCCACUUCCGGAACCAGAUUAUAGUUUGAGUGAGUCCGAUCCGGAUGAAGACAAUUCCGUACGUUUAGUGCGAACGCAUAUGAAAACGAAUGGAGACUUGAAAGCAACGCAAAAUCCGGGAAUGGCAGCCGAAACCAGUGGCAACAGUAACACUAGUGGUAGCUCGACUGGCUCCAGCUCAAUGCCUCAUUCAUUCUCGGUGGAAGAAAUACAGAAGAUUCGCACGAAGCUAAAAUCUUCUAAAUCAUACCCGAACGAUUUCUUGCGACAACAAAACAGUCAGCAACCUCUUCCUGGCGUUGACCACGGUGGACCACACGAGGAAGGUGACAAUUCGUCAUCUGGCGUAAGCAGUGAUCAAGAAGUAACGAUCACGUGUAACGAUACAAUGAAGCAAGCAAAACCUUCAUUCCCCAAACAGCCAACUGGUACAACUUCUCUAAAAACAAAUGUAAGCAACUCCUGCACCUUACCCACUGUUGGAACAGCAGCUUCCGGUUUGAGCGAACCGAAAAAGGUAACCUUACAGUUAGGUGCCGCAAUGGACACAAAGUUGAAACAGACCAACAGUGCUCCUGAACGAAGAAGUGAUGCAGAGGAUAAUGAUGAUGCUGAUCAAGAUGGUAAUGAUAGUCCUAGCCCACCAGCGACUGGAUUUCAACGGCAUAAUUCACUCACACGAAAGCAGGCGGCCACAUUAGCAGCAAGUCGUGCAAAGGCAAAUCAACAAAACCUGCAACAACGGCAUGCGGUUACUUUGGCUACCCUGCCGCCACCAAUCGAGGCCGCUGACUCCGACGAAGCUGAUUCGUGGUCACAUACGCUUCACAAUUCUGGUGGUAAUAGUGCUACACAGUUGGUGGAAAGUGCCGGAAUGGUAGUGUUAGCACCACCACCAGAGUUUAGCGAUUCAACCGUAAGCCAUAUUAUACCAUCUUCGGCAAGCUCGGGUGGUGUUAGCAUAAGCGUGCAAGGACACCAUUCGCAUCAACAUACACAUCAGCACCAUCAGCAUCAGCAUGUCCAUCAUCAUCAUCAGCAUACGGGAGGUGGAUCUCUUGUGCUCGGCGGCCACAAUCCAAAUUGCAAGCGGGUUCGUAUCGUUGGAGCCGUGCCGAAGAUCCAGCAACAUACUUCAACUGUGCGCUCGAAUGAAACGUAACAAGUGUAAUGCAGUAGUUUAAAAAAAAUCGAAUAGCAAUAGCAACGAAAUAUUCAUAGACACAAUGUAUAAUGAUAACGAUAGGGAAAACGAAAAACUAAUGGUUUGCACUGCAGUGAAUUCCGUCGUAGCAAAUAUUUGCCAGCAUAAAUUCAAUCCAAUGUGAAAAAUGGCGAGCAAUAGAGCAAAAUUUUUAAAGCAGUGCGUUUCUCCGCAUUUCAAAUAGUAAAACAAUCAUCAUAAACUUUUUGAUCCCGAUGAGUUGCAGUUGAAAAAAACCUGCAGGGAUCAAAUACAUAUAAAUAUAUGCGUUAGCUUUUCGGAUAGUUCCAAAGAAGAGAAAACCAUCAUAACCACAACAUGACGGAGCUGGUAGGAAAAUAAACAACAGCAUUAACGCGCGCUCAGAUCCACCAAUUAGAGUCCACUAAAUAAUGCAUUGUGCGAAUUACGAUUCACUCAAAUCCCAUGAAAGACAACACGUUACACGGUGAAGCAAAAAAACAAAAAUCACAUAAACACAUUCAACAAGGGAUAUGUCAAUAAACUAUUGAAUAUUCUCCCCACAUUAGUAUGAUAUUGAAAUAAAAAUAUUGAUACAUAAUAAA